AUGUUUAAUGAAAUAAUUGUACCAACUCUGGAUACUGUUCGAUACAUGGCAUUGAUGGAAUUGUUGACAGUGCAUCAAAAACCUUCUAUAUUUGUGGGGCCAACAGGAACUGGGAAAAGUACCUAUAUUACUAAUUUUCUUUUAAAUAAUUUGAAUAAAGAAGUCUACCAGCCACUGCUCAUUAACUUUUCAGCACAAACUACAGCAGCUCAGACUCAGAAUAUUAUAAUGUCCAAGCUGGACAAAAGGAGAAGAGGAAUUUUUGGACCUCCUCUUGGGAAAAGAAUGGUUGUAUUUGUAGAUGAUGUUAAUAUGCCAGCACGAGAGGUCUAUGGUGCUCAACCGCCUGUUGAAUUAUUACGGCAGUGGUUAGAUCACUGGAAUUGGUAUGACCUUAAAGACUGCUCAAUGAUUAAACUUGUAGAUGUUCAGAUUGUGUGUGCAAUGGGACCAUCAGGCGGUGGUCGAAACCCAGUAACACCACGAUUCUUGCGACACUUCAAUACAGUUACUAUUAAUGAGUUUGAUGACGAAUCCAUGUACACAAUUUUUUCUAGAAUCUUAGACUGGCAUCUAACAGUAUGUUAUAGCUUUCCAUCACAAUAUGUGGAACUGACUCCGCAAAUUAUUAAUGGAACCAUGCAUAUGUAUAAAGAAGCUAUGAAGAAUCUGCUUCCUACCCCAGCCAAAUCUCACUAUUUGUUCAAUCUCCGUGACUUUUCACGUGUUAUUCAAGGUGUUUGUCUGUCAAGGCCUGAAACAACAGAAUCUGCAGAAAUGAUAAAACAUCUCUGGGUUCAUGAGCUAUGGUUCGUAGAAUCAAAUCAGCAUAAAGUGACCAUGGAAGACAUCUUUGGUGAUCAUCUAGUCCAUCGUCCUUCUCCAAAGCAGGAUUACGUAAAGAAAGGAACAACAGUUCUUAGAGUGUAUUAUGAUCGCUUGGUGGAUAAUCCUGACCGGGCUUGGCUUGUUGGAUUUAUCCAAGAAGUAGUGAAAAAUGACUUACAUGAAGACUUUCAUGAACUUUUCCAGAAUCUGGACUUCGACAAUGAUGGCAGAGUAGAAGAAGAUGACUUACGUAGCUUAAUGUUUUGUGAUUUUCAUGACCCUAAGAGAGAGGACACUAAAUACAGGGAGAUUGGUGAUGUGGAUCAAUUGAGAUUAGUUGUAGAGAGUCAUCUUGAAGAGUUUAAUAACAUGAGCAAAAAGCCAAUGCAGCUUGUCUUGUUCCGAUUUGCUGUAGAACAUAUUUGUAGAAUUUCCCGUAUUCUGAAACAGCCUCGCAGCCAUGCCCUCCUUGUUGGUGUUGGAGGUAGUGGUCGACAAUCUCUUACUCGAUUAGCAGCCCAUAUGGCUGAAUACAACCUUUUUCAGGUUGAAAUAACUAAAAGUUAUGGUAUCAAUGAGUGGCAUAAAGACUUAAAAGUCAUACUAAGAAAAUCUACUGAAGGGGAAAUGCAGGGAGUUUUCUUGUUCACAGAUACACAGAUUAAAAAGGAGUCAUUCUUAGAAGACAUUAACAACUUACUAAAUGCAGGUGAAGUGCCAAACCUCUUUGCAGUAGAUGAGAAGCAAGAAAUUUGUGAACAAAUGCGUCAAGUAGAUCGCCAACGGGACAGGACAAAACAGACAGAUGGCAGUCCUAUAGCUCUUUUUAACAUGUUUGUUGAUCGCUGUCGAAAUCAGCUUCAUAUAGUACUGGCAAUGAGUCCCAUUGGAGAUGCUUUCCGUAAACGCCUUCGUAAAUUUCCAGCUCUUGUCAACUGCUGCACACUAGACUGGUUUCAGACAUGGCCUGAAGAUGCAUUAGAAGCUGUUGCCUCUCGCUUCUUGGAAGAUGUUGAAAUGUCGAAACAAACUCGAAGUGGGUGUAUUGAUAUGUGUAAAAGCUUUCAUACGUCUACCAUUGUUUUAUCUGACUUAUACCAUGCAGAGCUUCAAAGACACAACUAUGUUACACCUACUUCAUACUUGGAAUUGAUCUUCACUUUUAAAAGUCUACUUGAAAAGAAACGCACUAAGGUGAUGAAAAGGAAAAGAAGAUAUGAAGUUGGCUUGGAGAAACUGAACUCUGCUGCAUCUCAAGUAGCCUUGAUGCAGUCUGAGCUGGAGGCUCUGCAACCUCAGUUACGGGAAGCCAGCAAGCAGGUUGAUGAGAUGAUGGUUGUUAUUGAAAAAGAAUCUUUGGAAGUAGCCAAAACUGAAAAAGUCGUGAAAGCUGAUGAAGCAGUGGCAAAUGAGCAGGCUAUGGCUGCAAAAGCCAUCAAAGAUGAAUGUGAUGCUGACUUAGCACAAGCCAUGCCUUGUUUAGAAAGUGCUCUGGCUGCCCUUGACACUCUCACUGCGCAGGAUAUUACAGUGGUUAAGUCCAUGAAGAGUCCUCCUGCUGGUGUCAAGCUUGUAAUGGAAGCUAUAUGCAUCCUUAAAGGCAUCAAAGCAGAUAGGAUUCCAGAUCCAACAGGUUCUGGAAAAAAAAUUGAGGAUUUCUGGGGUCCUGCUAAGAGACUUCUGGGUGACAUAAGAUUUCUUCAGUCUCUGCAUGAAUAUGACAAGGAUAACAUUCCCCCAGCUUACAUGGCUGUCAUAAGAAAACAGUAUCUUACAAAUUCUGAGUUUGUACCAGACAAGAUUCGAAAUGCUUCCACGGCAGCAGAGGGUCUGUGCAAAUGGGUCAUAGCCAUGGAGUUUUAUGAUACAGUGACAAAAAAUGUUGCACCCAAAAAGCUAAAGUUGAAUCAAGCUGAAGGAAAAUUAAAGAUUGCUAUGGAUGGUCUAAGAAAGAAACAAGCAGACCUGAGGGAGGUUCAAGAUAAAUUGGCUGUACUCCAACAGACACUAGAAUCCAAGAAACAGGAGAAGGCUGACUUAGAAAAACAGGUUGACUUAUGCAGCAAAAAACUACAGCGAGCAGAACAAUUGAUUGGUGGCCUUGGGGGUGAGAAAACUCGCUGGCAUGAGACUGCUUUGGAGCUGGGAAGGCAGUACAUCAAUUUGACUGGAGAUAUACUUAUUUCAUCAGGAAUUGUAGCUUACCUAGGAGCCUUUACAUCCAGCUACAGACAA